AUGUCGAAUUUAUCCAAACUUGAGUUUGUGGCAUUAGAUAUUUCUGGAAAGAAUUAUCUUUCAUGGGUACUCGAUGCUGAGAUUCACUUGGCUGCUAAAGGUCUUGAUGCCACUAUUACUCAGGAAAAUGAAGCAUCGAGUCAAGAUAAGACGAAGGCUAUGAUUUUCCUUCGUUAUCAUCUUGAUGAGGGCCUGAAGAUUGAAUAUCUGACGGUAAAAGAUCCACUUGUAUUGUGGACUGAUUUAAAGGGGAGAUACGACCACUUAAAGGCAACAGUGCUGCCAAGAGCUCGUUAUGAGUGGUUGCAUUUACAGUUUCAAGAUUUUAAGACCCAGCAAUAUCGUGAAAAGGGUUUUCAGAAAUAUUCUGAACUAAUCUCAUGUCUUUUGGUGGCUGAGCAACAAAAUGCUCUUUUAAUGAAAAAUCAUGAAGCUCGUCCCACUGGAGCUGCUCCAUUACCGGAGGCAAAUGUGGUGAGAGCACGUGAUCAAUCUGAAGUAAAAAGAGAUGAUCAUCCGGGCUAUAAUAAUGCACGGGGACGUGGCAAAGAUAAGAUAUGA